AUGAACUUAUACGUCAUCCCUCACGCCCUGAAUGACAUGGCAACAAAAUUUGCCGAGUUUUUGGCUCAGGGUGUCGCCGAGAUGCCAGAUAUUGACCACGUAAAGUGGACGACGAUGCCGGAUCUCGACGAAUUUUUACGGCGCAUCAUGCUUCGUGCUGCCGCUCAGGCAUUAUGUGGCCCGGGCCUUCUGGAAGUUUGUCCCUCCUUUGCCGAGGAUUUUUGGGCUUACGACGUUGCCUUUCCAACCAUCUUCAGAAGGAUCCCCCGUGUUCUCGCCCCGAAGGCGUACGAAGCACGCAGAAAACUGCAGGAAAACAUGAAGCGCUGGCAUGUUUGGGCGAUGGCCAACUUCGAUUGGGAGAAUCAAGCAGCUAUCGAGGAGAGCUGGGAGCCGGUAUAUGGAUCGCGCCUCAUGCGAGCCCGUGUCGUGAUGUUGCGAGACUCUGGGAUGAGUCUUGACGGAUGGGCAGCCCUAGACUCAGGUUUCAUCUGGACCUACCCGGAUGAUCCAACUAGCGGGCCUAUACGGAAGCGUGAUGACCCCGCUAUAUACCAAAGCAAGAUGAUGGGCAAGGAAAGCCGCUCGAGAAAUGCCGAGGACGACGCGAAGGCCACGCUGAUCACAACUGGCAUACAGGGCCACUUUUACCCAUUCGGAGGGGGCAUCAAGAUAUGCCCGGGAAGGUACUUGGCCAAACAGGAAGUCAUGAUCAUGGUCGCUAUCCUACUGAGAGCCUAUGAGCCCGAGGCAAUUUUCGACCGAGCUGACAUGGACCAGGCCAGGACCCAAACGUUCGAUGCAUGCUCCCUGGUCGCGCGCCUUUUCCGCGAGAUGCAUGAGCCCUACCACCAGGACUUGUAG